CAAAUCCAGCGUCCCCUUGUUCGGUGCAACAUCUUUGUUUUCUUUUCUUCUUUUCCUUUUUUUCAUUUUUUUCUCACAUUUUGUCUUAAAAUUCCAGAAGAAUCCUUGUCGUUUUUUGAAAUUUCCUUUGCAAAAAUCUUCCUUCCACAUUUCACCAAAGAAAAUAAAAAAAAAAGAUCUUCUUCCCCACCUACUGACUCAGCAUAACUAAACAAGAUGCAGCAGCCACAGCAAAUGAUUCCCAUGAUGUCUUCAUUCCCACCCACUAAUAUCACCACUGAACAGAUUCAAAAGUAUCUGGAUGAGAAUAAGAAGCUGAUUUUGGCAAUUUUGGACAAUCAGAACCUUGGAAAACUUAAUGAAUGUGCACAAUACAAAAGGAAGUAAACCAUUCCUACGACCACGAAACUAUAAUCAUUUUCACAUUUCUGUUGGAUUUAGUGUAUGCCCUUAUAGCUGCAACUAGGACUGAACCCAAGGAUUCUUUAAAGAGCCAACUCAAAAAAUUCAGUCCUCGUCUGUGUGGUAGGGAUUUCUAUAGUUGCAAGUAUUACAGCCUGCAAGGUGGUAUGGCAAUUUAAAUGAGUUUGGGAUCAAGGUUAGAUAGGGCUGAGGAUGUGAAUUCAAGAAACUAAAAUGGAGGUCUUCAGGGCAUGAAGUGUGGAAAUCAAUAUAAAUGAAUUUCAACUUUUACUUGAAUGUCAUUAUCUUUAGCUCAGUCGCAAUUUUUUUCCAAUUAAUUUAUAUACAGUGCCUCUCUCUCAUUCUGUCUCUCAAACAAAACAUGUGCAUAUGCAUACUUUUAUGUGCUUGGUAUUUGGGCACUUAUGUAUAAGAUUUUGCUGAUUUAGGUAUCAAGCUCAGCUGCAAAAGAAUUUGAUGUAUUUGGCUGCAAUUGCUGAUGCUCAACCUCCAACAACACCAACAAUGCCUCCUCAGAUGGCCCCACAUCCUGCAAUGCAACCAGGAGGAUAUUUCAUGCAACAUCCUCAGGCUGCAGCAAUUGCUCAGCAGCCUGGUCUUUUCUCCCAAAAGAUGCCUAUACAAUUCAAUAACCCGCAUCAAAUACAGGAUCCACAGCAGCAUCUCCACCAGCAACAUCAACAAGCCAUCCAAGGGCAAAUGGGGAUCAGACCUGGAGGCCCAACAAAUGGCAUGCACGCCAUGCAUGCUGACCCCACUCUUGGAGGUGGCAACAGUGGUCCUCCAGCUACUGGCCCAAAUGAUAUACGAGGUGGAAACAAGCAAGAUGGCAGUGAUGCUGGCGCUGAUGGGCAGGUCAACUCCAGUGCUGGUCACGGCAAUGAUGGGACAGAGGAGGCAAAGUAAUCACCCUGAUGAAUGAUUUUGAUUGCAUUCCUGUUGCUGUGGAUGGUAGGAUCCUCUUGUUAGACGGUAUUAUUAGCUUUAAAAUUUCUUGUUACCCUUUAAUAUUCCCAAUUUAGGUAGGUAAACCAAUGUUGUGGUCUCAGCAUGCUAAUGAAUGGUGCAAAGAAGCAUUUAGGUUCGACAGUUUUUGUUCCCGACUUUCAUGUCUGUCAUCUUGUACCAAUAACCGAUCAAUGCAUGCAAGUUGUCUUUGUGACCCGGUUGAUGCUUCUCUUCAUUGCACAUAUUGAUAUUAGAUGCUUAUAAAACGCUCCGGAAUUC